CGUUCGGCGAGUGGGACAUCCAAACUUGGUUUUACACAAAUAACAGUGCUUUAGAAAUUACAAACAUGGCAUUCGCUUACAUUUUAACUGUGCUCACAGCUUGUUUAUUUGCUCACACCCAAGCGGCCGCCUUCAAUUGCUCGGAACCACCAAAUCUGGGCCACUUUGAUGUUCACAGUUGCUGCCGGAUGCCAGAAGUCGACUUGGGCGAAACGCCAGCAAAAUGCGCCGCCUAUAUAAAAACGCUCAACGCACAAGCGAGAAGUAUGAUGAACGGCAUGGGCGGCAACAAUAACAACACCAACAACAAUAAUAAUAUGAAUAAUCCAGCAGCCGAAUUUCCAGCUUACGCACACAUUUGCUAUCCGGAUUGUAUUUACCGUGAGACAGGCGCCCUGGUCGAAAACGAAUUUAAUAUGGAAAACGUCAAAAAAUUCCUCAACAAAAACGUCCACAAACGCGACAAGGAUAUUAUACCGCAGAUUGCGCGCUCCUUCCAGAGCUGCCUGGACUACAUCAAGGGUCACAUGGCGGCGGUGGGCAUUAAAACGUAUGCCAAACUGCCGAUGGGCUGCUCACCUUUAGCCAGCAUGAUGUACAGUUGCGUAAACGCGGAGACCUUCCUGCACUGCCCCGCCAAGAUGUGGAAGAACGAGGAGCCCUGUAAUGUGGCGAAGAGCUUUGCGGCACAGUGUAAUCCACUGCCGCACGUGCCACUGCCAAUUGGAUAAAGCAUCGCAGACGAGUGGCGGAGCCGCGUGUUGUGCGGCGAACGGCGAAAGAACUUUAUGAAAUUAUAAAUUUAGAUUUACAAUAACUUUUUAUUACGUACGAGUUUUGCCUUUAGGCAUUUCUUGGCUUUGUCUUAGCAUUCGCGCCUUGCGCUCGUAUGCUUAGACACUUGUUCGUUGCA